AUGCAUCCACAACACCACGAGGCGCGCCGCCGAGCUCCAGCUAAGGCGCUCCAUCGUUAUUACGGCCCCGAACCGGACGCCGUAUGGAUGGACGCCGCAUGCAUGGGAGAGCAAGCGGUUGCCGCCGUGGUGGGCUCCUCCCUCUCCCCACUCAUCACACUACCCCUCCCCCCACACACUUCCCCAGAAGCUGCAGAGGAAGCUGCGAUUGCCAUUGCCAUCACCCAUACGGAAGCCCGGUACAUAAUAACAGAUUCAAAAACAGCUAUACUAAAUUUUGCACGAGGCCGAGUCCAUGUUCCUGCUUUUUGCAUACUGGACUCGCCCGCUGCACCUCCACCCCGCCAUGUGGAGCUGAUAUGGGUGCCUGCGCACUCCGGGAAUCCCGGGAACGAGGCUGCCAACCCUUUAGCCCGAGGUUCUAUUAACCGGGCUCAGGUGGCCUCCGAUCCGGGAUUCACGAAGGAGCGCAUGCACUCUUUCAGCGAUCUGACGCAGGCUUAUAGGGCAGCACGUCAGAUCUACCCCCCACCUCACCCAUCCCUAGACAACAGGCAUGCGACACUGUGGAGGCGACUCCAGACCCACACACUCCCCUCCCCUGUCACCCUAUCCCAUUACCAUCCCUCUUUCCCCACGCCCGCCUGCGCCCUCUGUCCCGAACCGUUCGCAUCCGCCAUCCACAUCCUCUCGCUUUGCCCGGCGGACCCUCCCCCGCGGGGCCUGGAGCACCUGACAUCGUGGGGGGACUGGGAGACCGUGCUCCGCUCUGAGGACCCGGCAACGCAGACCAUCGCGACCAGCCGGGCUGCCAGUGUUAUGGACCUACGGAACAUAAACACUUGAGUGGACUACGGUCGUGCGGGGGCCCAGGGGCCUACGUGGCCCGAACACCUCUG